UGAUUAUUGAUGGGUUGCGGUGUAUCUAGUGCACAUUAAUUUUUGGCAUACUCAAUAGAAAAGCCUGAUCCUUAAGAAAACAAUUAAGGAUAAACUAAUGUCAGAAGAAAUGUUAAAUUCAAAGAUGAGUUUCUUAUGAUUCCAUAACCAGGAAUCACAACAUUAUAAGAAAUGGUGAAAAAUAGUGUUGCUAAAUACGGAAAUCAACCAUGUUUAGGAAAAUAUGAAGGAGAUAAUUUUAAGUUUAUGUCUUACAAUUAAGUAAAUGAAGAAGCCAUGCAUCUUGGAAGUGGGUAAAAAAUUAAAUUAACUUUAGAAUGUCUAACCUGAGUUUAGUAAAAGAAGUCCAAGAAUACUAACACUACAAAUUAAAAUUGGUAGGAGUAUUUUCAAAAAAUAGAAGAGAAUGGAUGAUCUUAGAUUGGGCUAAUAUGCUCUACGGUUAUACUAUGGUACCAUUUUACGAUACACUUGGUCCUGAGUCAAUUCCUUUUAUUCUUGAUUAAACCAAUAUAGAGACAAUGUUUAUCAGCGGAGAAGCAACCAAAUCUUUGCUCCAAUGCAAAGAAAAAUAUAAGUUGAAAAAUUUAGUUUUGCUUGAUUCUAUCUCAGAUUAACAGAUAUCUGACUUGAAAAAUAAAGGAUAUCAAUUAUUCAAAUAUGAGGAUGUUGUUGAAAAUGGAAAAAAAUCAGUUGUUUAAUUAACUUAAGUUUUACCUGCCUCCAUCUUUACUUUAUGCUAUACUUCUGGAACUACUGGAAAUCCUAAAGGAGCUAUGCUAUCCCAUGAUAAUCUAAUCUCUGCAAUUGCAAGUACCUAACAAACAGAUGCCGGAAUUAAUUCAAAUGACGUUCAUAUAUCAUAUUUGCCAUUACCUCAUGUAAUGGAGAGAUUGAUUAUACUUACUAUGCUCUUCACUGGUGCUUCUAUAGGGUAAUUUCAUCAUUAAUAAAUAGUUUCUAUCGAGGUGAUCCCAAUUUAUUAAAGGAAGACAUUUAAAAAUUAAGACCAACAAUUUUUGCUUCGGUUCCUCGAUUAUAUAAUAAAUUUUAUGAUGGCAUUAAAGCAAAAAUUAAUGAAGUAACUGGCUUUAAAAAAUCAUUUGCUGAAAGAGCUAUUAGAGUGAAACUAGAAAAUUUAAGAUCAGAUGCUAAAUAUACUAGUGGUUUAUAUGAUAAAGCCUUUUAAGGAGUCAGAGAUUUAUUUGGAGGUAGAUGUAGAUUAAUGGUUACUGGUUCUGCCCCUAUCCAAUAAGAAGUUAUUGAUUUUCUCAAAAUAGCUGCUUGUUGUCCUAUUCUUGAAGGAUAUGGUUAAACAGAAUCUACAGCCUUAUCUUUUUCAACAGCUGCCUGGGAUCCAAAGUCUGCUCAUCUUGGGGGACCUGCUGCUAAUACAGAAUUUAAAUUAGUAGAUGUUCCAGAUAUGAAUUACACAUCUUUAGAUGUUAUUGAUGGAGUAAAAACACCUAGAGGAGAAAUUUGUUUAAGAGGACCAGGAGUUUUCAAAGGAUAUUACAAAGAUCCUGAAAAAACUGCAGAAGCUAUUGAUGCUGCUGGAUGGUUGCAUACUGGAGAUAUUGGCCUUAUUACUGAAAAAGGAGGAGUCAAAAUUAUUGAUAGAAAGAAAAACAUAUUUAAAUUAUAAUAAGGUGAAUACAUUGCUCCUGAAAAAAUUGAAGCCAUUUAUAAUAGAGUUUAAGGUGUUGCUGAAACAUUCAUAUAUGGUGAUUCACUUAAAAGUUAAAUUGUGGCUAUCAUUGUUCCUUAAAAGGAAUUUGUUGAAAAAUAUGCAGCUGAAAAAUAAAUUUAAGGUGAUUUCGAGUAAUUGUGUAAAAACAAAGAUAUCAUUAACCUUUUCUUAAAAAAUAUUAAUGAGUAUGGAAGAGCUAAUAAAUUAAAUUCAUUAGAAAUUGUAUUAUUUUAUUAAAUACUUUAUUAGGCUAAGCUUAUAUAUCUAGAACCUUAAUCAUUAUAGACUUUUGGAUGUUUAACCUCAACCCUUAAAUUACAAAGACAUCAUGCCAAACAAGUUUUUGCCAGUCAAAUAGAGUAGCUUUAUAAGAAUUAAGCUUGAUAUAAUAUAAUCA